CUUUGGGCGCCCUCACACCAGUUGCCACAUUCGCGUACGAAUCGCUUUGAGGUCGUCGUCUCAUUUUACACACAUUGGUCUAGUUCACUUGGUUUUUCUUAUCGGCAAAUGACAAAAUGUUGAACUCUUUUCAACCGACACCAUCUAUCGUCGUGGAAGAUGUCGACCACGUACAUACUCCCCUGGGGUUUCAAUCUCCAUCAUCUCAUCGGAAAAUCCACGACAAUAAUAAUGUUCCUUCGCCAUUGAGCUUGUGCACCACCUUUGGCAUAAUUAAACCUGAUGUCGAUGCGUAUGUCACACCUCUGUCGCUGUGCCAACAACCGUCAACACCAAAAUCAUCGUCUUCACCAGUACCUCUAUCAUCGAAAGACAAAGUUAUGGUGGUGUCGGGGGGUACGAUGCCACCUUGUUUGACUACCUCUGGGUUGGAGAGCAGUUUCACCUCCGUCGAUAUUGGUGGUCCGAAUCACCCGGCCGCUAGAUCAGCUGUUGCCGACAAUGAUUCCAGUUGGAAUUCCGAGUUCAGCCAACAAACUUCUAGCUGCUUUGAUUUCAAGUCUGGUUUGAUGUGCGUGACGCGUGCCAUUACAAGCAGUGCUGAUCCAUUAAGAGAAAAGGGCGAUCAUCAUCGAAUCGAUAUCAGCGAAAGUCCUUUAGAAUUACAUGACACUAAAAGUGGUCGAGCAGCCGGCCAGCCGUCUACGAAACGAAUGUCUAUAUGUUCCAUGAUUGGCAUAUUCUUUAUUUGUCUGGCUGUAGUUGGACUAAUAGCCAUUGGAAUUUCUAUGUACAUGGAAUUCGUGUCGAAGCCGUUGCAGAUAGCAGAGAGUAGGAAACUAAUAUUGAACGAGACGACGAUCUGUGAUUAUCUACUCGACAGCUGUGACAAUGGUACUUUAAUCAUUAAAAAUACCGCUGAGCCAAUCCAUAGCAACAAAACGAAUACUGCAAAUGAAAGCGGUCGAGUGGAAGCAACGUUUAGCAGCAACUUUACAAGCCAACUUGCUACCAAAUUACCUGGAACAGCAGCAUGAUCUAGUCCCCUAGAUCUUGCCCCACAUUUUAACUUGAAUGAUAUAUAUUUUAAUAUUUUAAAUCCCGUUUUACGUUUAAAAUUUUUAUCAGCAUGAUUAUCAAUUACAUGAAACAAUACAUUUUUAGAAACAUAAA